CCUCCUCUCGCGGGGUGGUUGGGCGGGUUCGUUACCAGGCAAGGUGCUACGUUUGGCCUCCCUUUCUCUUCAAUCGCAGGCAGCGGCGGUCCCAGCGGCAGCCUUUUCCUUUCAGAUUCAGGUCCUCGUACCUCUGCCUAACUCGAGCCUGCCUGCCUGCCUCCCUUUCCGUUACUCCGGAGCUGAGGCCUGUCCUUCCCGGAGGGCAAGAAGCAGCAGCAGCAGCAGCAACGGGCAGUUGUUAGCUCGUACGCGUGUUGUGUCGUGAGGGCUGGAGGGACGGCGGGGAGAUGAACACCGUCCUAACUCGAGCCAACUCGCUCUUCGCCUUCUCGCUGAGCGUGAUGGCGGCGCUGACCUUCGGCUGCUUCAUCACCACCGCUUUCAAAGAGCGCUCCGUGCCCGUCAGCAUCGCCGUCUCCCGUGUCAUGCUAAAAAAUGUAGAAGAUUUCACUGGACCAGGCGAAAGAAGUGACCUUGGAAUCAUUACUUUUGACAUUAGUGCAGAUCUGCAAAGUAUAUUUGAUUGGAACGUGAAACAGUUAUUUCUAUAUUUAUCAGCAGAAUAUUCAACAAAAAACAAUGCAUUGAAUCAAGUUGUCCUUUGGGACAAAAUUAUCUUGAGAGGAGAUAGCCCAAAGCUGCUUUUGAAAGAUAUGAAAUCAAAAUAUUUUUUCUUUGAUGAUGGAAAUGGCCUCAAGGGCAACAGGAAUGUCACUUUGACUCUCUCAUGGAAUGUCGUACCAAAUGCAGGAAUCCUACCUCUCGUAACAGGAGCAGGACACAUAUCUGUUCCGUUUCCAGAUACUUAUAAAACGGCCAAAAGCUAUUAAAUUAUUGGGCUGUACCUUGAGUAACAUAUUUUUAUACUUGUACAUUAUAAAUUUUAUCAAUUUUUAGUCUCUUGCCCGCUGCAAUUCAAAGGUACUGUACUUAAUUUCUUUAGGCUUAGCUGAGAGGGAGGGACAUUUUGUCAGAUUUGUUUUCAGUUAAAAAAGAUAAAAUUCCAAUCUCGAGGAAAGGUGGUUGUUUAAAUUUGAGCAAAUGGUUUUGUGUUUACUAUUGGGAGAAAAAUACCUUUCUUAUGAAUAAACUUUUUGAAAUCAGAAACA